UAGUUUUUCUAUCAGUUCCUCUUUAGCCUGACUGACUUUUUUGAACCUAGAUUUAUGAGCUAAGUGGCAUGUGUGAUAGAGAAACAACGCUCGUUCAACGAAACAGUCCAGUCAUUGUCAAAAGAAAAACUUUUUGCACUCGUACGUCUGCUACUGUGUGCACCCAACUACUGCUACUGUGUGCACCCAACUACUGCUACUGUGCUACUAAAACUUCAUCUCCAAUGGCCAACGCAAAACUUAAACUUCUUUACUUCGAAGAUCGUGGACGAGCAGAGGUGUCCAGAAUCAUUUUAGCCGCUGCUGGAAAGGAGUACGAAGAUGUUCGAUUCCCUUUCGAAGAUUGGCCCAAAUUCAAACCGGAAACUCCGUAUGGUCAAGCCCCAGCCCUGUCCGUGGACGGCGUCGUGUACGCUCAAACCCUUGCCAUCAACGGAUUCCUGGCCCGCGAGUUCGGCUUCCACGGCAAAGACAACCUGGAGACGUUCAAGAUUGACGAGAUCGCACACCUCUGGGAAGACUUCUUCACCCCUGCCAUCAACGUCCUCUUCUACAGCGAGGAUGAGAGAGCCAAGGAGGCAGGCAUCAAGAAGAUUAGAGAGGAGUCAGCCCCUCGCACCCUGACAUUUCUAGAAGGCAUUCUGGCCAAGAAUGGAACCGGCUACUACGUGAGUGACCGCUUGACCCUCAUAGACAUUUUAGUUUUUGAGGGUGUCAACGGUGGGACUUGCUCGCAAUUCUUGGACGCCAGUGAGUAUCCGCUGAUCCAGAAAAACUUUGAGCUGGUUAGAGCUAAUGAAAGAAUCGCCUCCUACAUGGCGACAAGGAAAGAUUCUCAGUGGUAGAUUGUCAUCAGCUUUUUACACUCACAUUUUGUUGAUGAUAUCAUCUUAACUCUUUCUCUCCUAAUUGACGAUACAGCAUCGUUGAUUUGACAUCCUUUUAAUUAAAUCAAUGUUUAAUUUUAUAAACUUGACUUUGUGUUCUAGAAAAUGAACAUGCAUUCCCCUUUAACUCUUUACCAUCUAAAACAUUUUCUGAUAACAAACGAAAACGUUAUUGAAGCUUAAAUCAUAACAGGGUGGUGAAAUACUAAUGAGCAAAAUGAAGAAUUCCGUCAGAAUGUGAAAAAAAUUAAUUACGGAGAGAAAGAGUUAAUAAAGACAUUUUUAUUUUUAAAAAAUUGUUUAUCCUUACUACUUAAAAAAUUAAUCACAAAUUAUCAUUAAAUUUAAAAGUGUAAUGUACACUGAAUAAUAGUAUACUGUUGUAAUAAUAUUUUUAUUCCUGAAGAAAUCCGUCUUAAAUAUUGUGUAUUAAAUAUAACAACUAUAUUACUAGAGGAGUAAACUAUAAUCCAACUAUAACUUUUAUCGUCAUGUCUUCAAGCUUAUUUAGAAACAAAUGUGCAACUGAUUAAUGGAAAUAAAGGAGAUUUGAUACGAAGGACAACUACGCAUUAAGAUUUGUUCAAAUAAUCGGUCAAUGAAAAAUUGAUUCUGUAGAACUACAAAGUGAACAAACAAAAUUCUACUACACCAUAAAAAAAACACAAGCUCAUCAACACUGCAAUUAUUUUGUACACCGGAUACACCAAAGCGUGAGCUAUUUAUAGUGUCGUUGACCAUCUCAGGAAUGCACAUAAAUGAUGUGGACUGUUCUCCUUGCUUUGAAUGUAUGUAGAAAGACGCGUAGAAGUUGGGUUUUAAUUGGGUUUUUUUAUUCCGUAGUGACGUGAAACAUCAUUUAAAAAGUAAGAACGGAACUAGAGAACCAACAGACAGACCGGCUUCUAGUUUAGAUUAUACGACGUUAGACUGAGCCCUUAUUCUUUAAUAAAGUUAUUGUUAAAGUUAACCUCUGGAUUGAUUCAAGUUAUAUAUUAAUUUCUUUGUUGGAUGUGUGAGUACUGAACUCGCGGAUAACAUUGAUUGAUCUACACACAACAACAAUCUUGAUCAACAUGUUGCAUGAUAUUAUCGUCCCAGCUAUUAUCAUACAUGUUG